AUGAUUACUGAUCUCAUAUUCCUGGGGUAUUUAAGAGACCCGUUUGUUUAUGGAUCAUUAACUCUAGCCCUUGGGUUUGGAACAAUUUAUUACUUCCAUACGUUUAGCGUAUGGAGGAAUGUUAGGAAACAAGGUAUUAAAUGUAUUCACUCAAAGGCUAAAUUAUUCCAUACAAUUUUAGGGGCAUUCUUGAUAUUUCUCAACAUAUAUGUGUGGUUGUACUUAUCUUCAGAGUAUUUUGCAACUCUGACUUUUUUAGGGUUAAAUGGCUCUCGAUCACCUUUAACACUGAGUAUCAUUGGUUUAAAUUAUUCUGAGUUCAAUGUGCCAGGGUACUCCUUCAUAGAAGAGAAAGUACAAGUUGAAUCCACAGAGGAUUUUGAGUGUAAGGUAGUACAAUUCAGUGAUCAAAUGUUUGCAAGCCCAGCAGUUCCAGUUGAGGGUAAUUUAAGGAGAGUAAGAAAUCAAGCAUUUGAGUUAGCCAAAUCCGAAUAUCCGAUUGCAAAAAACUGCUUUUUGGACAGAGACGAUGAGUCUGAGGAAGAAAUUCUUAAGAAAAAGUGGGCAAGAUUCUGUGGUAGUAGUGUUUGGUUAUCCAAAUAUGAAGUUCAUUUCUUUGUAAAUAGGAUAGUAUAUGCACAUGAGAGUGCAAGAAGCAGGCCUACUAUCAGUUUAAUAGAUGUUCAAAUCUUUGACCGUGAUUGGAAGGAAUUAACCAACUUCAAUAUCACACUAGCAGACGGUACAGUACUUCAAUAUCCCGGGCUAGUUAAAAUUGAUAUAGAUCAAAACCCUAAACAUAAGUUAACUGUAAUGGGUCCGGAAGACCCUCGUGUUGUUUUAAGAAAGUUUGUUAAUGAACAAGGGGAAUUAGAAGAAGAGCCAGUAAUUAUUUUCAAUAUGCGUCGUACUGAGAUCAGCUGGAAAAGAGCUAUGCAUUUCUAUAGACCCUUUCAUGGUAAUAAUACUACCAGACUAUCGUUACGAGGGUUAAAACCAAGAUUUCGUGAAAAAAAUUGGGCUCCAUUCUUUGAUGAUAAUGACCCAGACAAUAUUUAUUUCAUAUACAACUUUAAUCCUUUGCGUGUCAUCAUGUGCGGCCUUUCUGACGGUGUAUGUGAUAAGGUUAGUGGACCUGAUUUCAUAGAUUCUAAGGCCGACGAGUCAAAGCAUGUUGGAGCAUUGAGGGGAGGGACAAACCUUGUUCCAAUACCACCACACCUUUUACCAAAUCAUUUAUUCUUUAGAAGAUAUUGGUUUGGUAUAGCAAGAUCUCAUAACAGUGAAUGCGGAUGCUUGAAAGAAAUUUAUAGGCCCCAUGCCUUUAUAAUAUCCAAAAAUUUGGAAACAGAUGAAUUUACAUUGGACUAUGUAAGCUCAUUGAUGGAUUUUAAUGUUAUUGCAGAACCAUGGACUGAGAAUCAAGCUAUUUGCAAAGAUGGGAAGAAUGUAUUAAUUCCGAAUAGUAUUGCCUAUUGGGAUCAUGUUUUAAAGUCGGAUUCUACCGUUGAGCAUGAUUUUAUGGGCAUCAGUUUUUCUGAAGCCGAUAGAACGAACAAAAUUGUUCAUAUAAAAGGAUUUUGGCAUCAUAUAUUAAAGGCUUUGAAUAGUAAGGAUACAGGUCAGGGAUCUCAAUCGAUAGCCAGAAUCAAAGAAUACUAUGCUGGCAAUAAUACUGAACUCGAGAAUGAGUUGUUAGGAAGAUGUGCCACAUCUUUAGCUGAACAAUAUUGUGAAGAUACAGCAAUUACCCAAAUAUGGAUUGAUUAA